CAGAAAUUCGUGGCGAUGGCGGUCGGACCGUCAUGGGAGGGGCAUCACAUCUGGGAAGGUUGGGUCACGCUAACGCUCAUCGGCCUCAUGUUGGCAGCUCUAGUGCUAGAAAUCGCCCCUCCAUACCUCGUCAUGACUGGCACCCUCAUUCUCUUUUUGCCGCUCAACAUCCUCACCUUGGAUCAAGCUCUUCACGGGUUUGGCGAUCACGCGGUGCUCUCGAUUGGCGUUCUCUUCAUCGUUGCCAAAGGUAUCGAGCAGUCUGGAGGUCUGGAGUACGUCUCUAGGCUGCUCUUCAGAGCCGACGAUGAUAAGAAGGAAGACAAUCCAGCGAAACAAGGGAACAUCGUCGGAGUGAUGCUGAAGUUCACGGUUCCUGUGGCGAUUUUUAGUGCGUUCCUGGCCAAUAUACCACUGGUGGCGAUGAUGAUUCCGCCGAUUGUGGAGUUCGCGAAGAAGGUGCAUAUGGCUCCGUCAAAGCUGCUCAUGCCUCUGAGCUUCGCUGCGCUCUUGGGUGGCACGCUGACAUUGAUUGGAGCCAGUACAAACCUGGUAGUUGUCUCCCUGGCCGCGAAGAAACUCCCCGAGCUUCAAAUGAAUCUGUUUGAGAUAGCUAUUGUUGGUUUGCCUGUGACAAUUGCUGGGAUUUUGUAUAUGGUUGCUGUGUCCGGCAAGCUUCUUCCAGAUCGUCUUGCAAUUCAACCAACGACUAUAAACGUGAGGGAAUAUAGCGUUGUAUUAGAGGUGAAGGCAACGUCUUCAUUGACAAGGAAAACGAUUGAGAGGGCUGGUAUCAAUCGUCAACCAGGGCUCAACCUCGUUCAAAUACAGAGAGAAGGUGUAGUCACUCCAAAUCCUGGGCCAGACUUUGUUAUAAUGCCCAAAGACAAGCUACACUUUGGUGGUGUUAUAGAUGCAGUACUUGGUUUGACACAGUUAGAUGGAUUGGCUCUUUCAGAGAGUGAGGGUGAAGAGCAAAUCGAUUUGAAUCGGUUGAAGAUCAAUCAGUGCCUAGUUGAGGCUGUUGUUGCAAGUGGAUCUCCGAUGGUUCACAAGCGCGUUGCUGACUUGCAACUCCGAGCACGUUAUAAAGCUGCUAUAGUUGCUAUCCAUAGAUAUGGAGUGCGACUUAGCAGUGCGAUUGGGGACAUAAUCUUGGAAGCUGGAGAUUCACUUCUUAUGGUGGCUGAUGGGACAGAGUUCGUUGCGAAGAAUCGAAAUAAUUCUACGUUUGCGCUUGUUGCAAAGCUGCCAGGAUUUGUGCCGGUGCAGCGACAUAAAGCUGGAAUUGCAGCGUUGAUUGUUCUCGCUUUUGUGGUUGCAAGUGGCAUUGGUGUUGAUCUUAUCACGGCUGCUUUGUUCACGGCAUUCUUUUUGUUGGCGACGAAGUGUCUGACUCCUAGAGAUGCAAUGUCUCAAGCUUUACAGGAAUCUAUAGAAUUACCGGUUCUGAUUCUGAUCGCUUCGUCCUUUGGCAUCUCAGAGGCCAUGGUCCAGAGUGGUGCAGCAGAUAUGGUGGCAAAAGCCCUCAUGGGUCUUGCAGGUACCACAAAAUUUGGUCUAAUCAGUUGCACAUACAUUGCAACAACAGUUUUCUCGCUGGCUAUCACGAAUAACGCUGCUGUGACGAUUAUGUUCCCAGUUGCUCUCACAGCGGCUCAGAAAGGAAAUCUCGAUUUCAGACCGUUUGCCUACACGCUCAUGAUGGCAUCAUCGGCAGGGCUGAUGACCCCCACUGGCUGUGCAACAAAUCUCAUGGUUUACUCCCCGGGUGGCUACAAGUUUGCGGACUACGUUGUUUAUGGUGGUCCUAUGCAAAUAUGGUUACUGGUUGUGACAAUUGGAGUGACGGUGACUAUAGAAUGGUGGUGGGCAUGGACCAUAGCGAUAUUUAUUACCACAGUCGCUACCACACCGAUCUGGAUGAGACAGGUUCUUCUUCCUCCAUUUACGUUCCUCUCCACUGAAGUUUGUUUCGAUGCAGCCUUGGAAUCUGAUAAAGUCUGGACCACUUUCCUCUGCCGAAGAUCAGGAGGCCGCGGCAACGUCCAGGGGACGCCGGGGCGACGAAGAAAGAGUUUCUCUCACAGGCGGAAGCAGCAGUCGCGGUAGUACCAGUUCGGCUUUCAUGCUGGCGUC